GUUUUUUUGAAUACAAUAUUUUAUUUUAAAACAAUGAAUAAGUUAUCGUUGUUUUGUUGUUGUGUUCUUAUAGUAACCAUAAUUCAUGUCAAUGUAGUUCAAAGUGGUAGCUAUGGUGGUGGCGGUGGAAACGGUGGUGGCUAUGGUGGAGGAAGUGGUGGAGGUAAGAGAGGAGGCAAUGGUGGAGGCAAUGGUGGAGGCAAUGGUGGAGGCUAUGGAGGUGGCGGAAGCAAUGGUGGUUAUAGUAGCGGCAAUGGAGGCGGAAGAAGUGGUGGUUAUAGUAGCGGCAGUGGAGGCGGAAGAAGUGGUGGUUAUAGUAGUGGCGGUGGAGGAGGUUUUAGCGGCAAAAAUAGCGGCUAUAAUAGCGGAGGUAGUGGAAGUGGUUUUAGCGGCAAAAAUAGCGGCUAUAGCGGCGGUGGUGGAGGUUAUGGAGGAGGAAAAAGUGGUGGCAAUGGUGGCGGUAACGGAGGUGGUUAUGGUGGUGGAGGAAAAUCUGGAGGAGGAAGUGGCGGAUAUGGCGGUGGAAAUGGUGGUAGUGGUGGACGAAGUGGAGCAUAUAAUAGUGGAGGCAAUGGUGGCAAUUUUGGCAAAAGCAGUGGUGGAAGUGGGGGUUAUGGUGGCGGAGGAAAUGGAGGCUUCGGUGGCAAAAGUGGAGGUGGAAGCGGAUAUGGCGGCGGACUAUCGGGUGGAUAUGGAGGUGGAAAUGGAGGCGGAUAUGGUGGAGGAGGCAAAAGUGGUGGCGGUGGUGGUUAUGGCGGCGGAAAUGGUGGUCAUGGAGGUAGUGGUGCUUUCCGUAGUGGCGGUUAUAGCCGAUAA